CUGACUCGAGGGCCUCGUCAAGAUGUUGGUUCUGGUGGGCUCCUCGUCUUGAGAUAUUCUUCUCUCCUUUCUCUGUAUGUGUACAGCGACAAGAUCAAACACCUUCUCGAGCGCCUGCCGGAACAUGGUCGGAUCCAGUUCCAUCGACUCAACAUCGAGAACGACUCCUGACUCGAGGGCCUCAUCAAGAUGUCGGAUCUGUUCCUAUUGGCCCCCCUUUCUCCAGGUCCGCUUCUCCUCUCUUCCUCCGGAUGUCUACAGAGCACCUCCUCGGCUCACCGCCGGAGCACGGCCGGAUCCAGUUCACUGACUCAACAUCAAGAACGACUCCUACCUCGAGGGCCUCAUCAAGAUGUCGGAUCUAGUGAGCUCCUCGCCCAGGGAGGACGCUGUCACCCACCUCACCUCCUUUGUUUCCCGCUACAGCCACAAGAUCAAGAACCUCCUUAAGCCCCACCCGGAGCACGGCCAGAUCCAGUUCCAUCGACUCAACAUCAAGAACGGUUCCCAACCCGAGGGCCUCAUUAAGAUGACGGAUCUGAGCACCUCCUCUACUCACCGCCGGAGCACGGUCGGAUCCAGUUCCACCAACUCAACAUCAAGAACGACUCCUGACUCGAGGACCUCAUCAAGAUGUCGGAUUUGUUCCAAUUGGCCCCCCUUUCGCCAGAUCCGCUUCUCCCCCUUCUCUGGAUGUCUACAGAGCACCUCCUCGACUGACCGCCGAAGCACGGCCGGAUCCAGUUCCACCUACUCAACAUCAAGAACGACUCCUGACUCGAGGGCCUCAUCAAGAUGUCGGAUCUGGUGAGCUCCUUGCAUUCCUUCUCCACCACACACAAGCCACCUACCCCUUCCCCCGGCCCCGCCCCCCCCUCCCCACCAAACAUCUGCUUCUCCUUCUUUCUCUGGAUGCCUUUUUAUGUGCUUCCUCACCUGUACCUUGUUUCUUACCUCCCGUGGUCUUUCUGGUUUCUUUUGUCUUCUACUUCUUCUUUGUUCCUAGUAUCGAUUGUGUUGUUUUGAUGGGUUCCUUAAGGUUUAGCAGAAGGGAAUCAUCCAUUUCCAUUCGCAACCUCUCUUUUUUUGUAACACAGAUAAUCAACCUGGCGGCCAUCUGUCCCCUGCCGAGUACAAUAUCCACCCACCAUAUACAGCAAUUUCUUUGAUGCCCUUCCGGUGGUAAGUAUUGUGUUACUUAUACAGAUCCAGAUCUCUGCCUACUGUCUCCCUAAUUUCCCACUGGUUUUGUGUUGUGGCAUCACAAUGCAUGUUACGUAUGGUCUGAAAACAGCAAGCGGCUCAUUCACUUCUCCGCUCGUGAGGUGUUGGAAGACUAUUGGAAGCGUUCUACCAAAGGAUCACCCUCUGCAACAUGUGAUAUUGGCCUCGUUUUUCUUUGUUCAUUGUUGUACCUCGCACUUUUCUGUUAUGCUCUUAUUUGUACAAACCGAAGAAAAUUUGAUGAAAAAAAAAAUUGUCAAGAA